GCUGGCGUUGAACUUGCAAACCCCAGACGAUCUCAGGAUGAGGUCACUUAAGCCCGAGGCAAAGCUCGACAAGGGCCAUCCAGAUGUCGCUCUGACGUCACGAGCCCACAGCCAGGGCGAGUCGUGGGCCCGGACGAGCCUUAUCCGAACACGACUCGCGAGUUUAGUAUUUUCGACCGGUCCCGUCCAUCCCCACGUAUGAUUCCAAUCACGCAUGGGUACUCGUGCCGCGGAAAAAAGCGAAAGUUGAAAGACAGAGCAGAGAGAAGAAGAGUAAGGAAGAAUCCAAAGAGUCGAGGCCGUGCCACUGCCAGUGAAGUCCGAGAUCCGCCCGCGAUUUCUGCUGCAAUUUCACUUCCUUUCCAGCACCCCUUCUCUCCGCUCGGCCCGUCUCUCCUUCCUUGGGCGGCUUCCCUCCGAAGGAGAUUCGACACAUGGCGACGCCGACGCCGACGCCGACUCGACAAGCCCUGGAGACGUACAUGAGCAUCACCGGCGCGUCCGAGUCACUCGCGCUUCUCAAGUUGCAGGAACAUGGAGGUGACCUCACCAAAGCAGUGAAUGCACAUUUUACUGAAGGGUUUCCCGACAUAGAAAAUCCACCAUCUGCUGUAAAUCCCCAUUAUAAUUCUACGGGGAUGAAUAGUCAGGCUCAUACUGGACAGCGUGGAAUUCUACCCUUCCUCUCAGCUGUCAGAAGUUUUAAGCCUUCAUCUCUACUUGACCCAAAUUAUAGAAGGAACUUCCUUAACCAGAUUGGUGUCUCUGCAUCCCGUAAUAGCUUGCAAGUUGGUUACCCUAUAAAUAACACUGGAGACAACAGCCAUCAAUCAGCAUCGAGGCCACCAUUGCACCCCGACUAUGGAGCUGAAAUGUAUAACUCAAGUUCAUAUGAAAGCUAUGCUGAGCAACAAAUGAUUCAAGCUGCCAUAGAAGCAUCAAAGCAGGAGGCUUCCUCCAGUCCUGGUCUUAGGCAAGGCCAAGUUCUCAUGGAAGAUGAGGAGUUAAAUCAUGCAAUUGCUCUGUCGUUGAUGACGGCAGAGCAAGAAAUAACAAACAGGGAGGCUAAAGAUAGAGGUGAAGAAUUGGGAGGUUUGGCUGCAACCAGCAGUGCUGAGGAGAUGAAAGAAGGCAGCAGCAAGCCUGGAAGCUCAUCACAUCGAGAUGAAGCUGGCCAUGCAGAAGGACCAGCAGGUCAGAAAUCCUGUGAGGAUACCCAGCUUUGCCGGCAUGGUCACCAUACCAUUCCAUCUGACGAACAAUCUCGAACAAGGCUUGUGACAAAAGCGGUUUCUUUACCACAAGAGCCUCUAUCAGAUGAUGUGAACGCAAUAAAUCUUGUCGUUCGCAUGCCAGACAGCAGCCGCCACGGCCGCCGCUUUCUCAAAUCUGACAAGCUUCAGUCUCUCUUUGACUUCGUUGAUCUUUGUGGAUGGGCAGAACCUGGAAGCUAUAGAUUGGUUGCUCCAUACCCUCGUCGAGCAUUCGUUGCAGGCGACUGCUCCUCGAGUUUGAGUGCAUUGGGCCUCACCAGCAAACAAGAAGCAUUGUUUCUGGAGUUGAUCUAACCAUCAUCAACUGCAAAUAUUCCUGUUUCUCCACCUCUGCUUCCUUUCCAAAUUCCCUUCGAUGCUUGACACCGGAAUCUUGGGGAAGAUGUUCAGAGGAAAGCAAAUAUUCCUCUGUCUCCGCCCCUGCUCCUUUCUGGAAUCCCUCCGAUGCUUGACACCGGUAUCUUGGAGAAGAUGUUCAGAGGAAACUUUAGCAGUGUAGGUUGAUUGUUGAACAUAGCUUAAUGUAAUUUCUAGUGGAUUUAAAAUGUUGAGUUAUUUCUAGUGGAUUUGAAAUUUUCAGUUACCAAGACAAAUUCUUAGAGUGCGUUUGGUUUCAGAGUUGAAGUAAUUUUGAUUUUGAUUUUGAUUGUGGAAAA